AUGUGUUUGGAACAUAAGGGAAGGAAUGCUUAUGCUAGAAUCCUAAUUGAAAUGUCAGCUGAAAAAGAAUGGAAGAGAAAUAUUGAUAUUUCAACUUGGGAUUUUGUAACUAAUUCUGCUGUAAUUCAAAGAUUUGAUGUGGAGUAUGCUUGGGUGCCUUCUAGAUGCAGCCAUUGUAAGGUUUAUGGGCACAUGGAUAAGAUAUGUAUGGCCAGUAUGAAGGUUAAUAAUCCAAUGCAAAAUAGGGAUAAUGGAAUUAACAAGGAGGAUAAAGGGAAAUAUGUGAUUGAUAAUGAAGGGUAUACUAAAGUUGUUAAUAAGAAAAAUAGGAACUUCAAAGAUGGAGAAGGCACAAGUAAUUCAAUGAAGAAUCCAACUAAUAUAGUCAAUCAAAAAAGCAAUGGGAAGAGUAAUUUUCCAAGAGUGGGAAACAAGUUCAGGGGACAAAAUGGGAAUAGAGGUGGAAAUGGUCGGGGGCAAAAUGGGUAUUGGAAUAACAAAGGGGUGGGUCAUUGGAACUUAGAGAAAAAUAAAAGAUAUGAGAAGGUUGUUUCUGGGCAGUACAAUAACAAUGAUAUGAGGAGUAAGGGGGAAAUUAAGCAGGGGGGAAUUAAAAAGAAUGUUAGUGAGAAAGAUGAGAAUAUGAAGAAGGUUAAGGAAACAGAUAAUAGCAAUAAAAACAGUUUUGAAGUUUUGGGGUUGAUUGAUGAGGAUGUUAUAAUUGGAAUGGAAGAGGAUGAUAAAGGAGAUAAAAUUGGUGUCCAUUCUGAUAAUCAGUUUUGUUCUCAAUCGGCAAUAGAAGACAGCAGAUUGAAUCAUGAUUUGAUUCAUUCUAUAGGCAUUAGAACAGAAGACUUAGAAAUGGUUAAUACUGAAAAAAGAUGGAUAACAAAAGAAAAGAUGAUAGCAGCAGCACUGGUGGUUCUUCUCAGGCAUUUGAGAUGGGGGUUAAAUAAAGCUGUUAAGCAAAAGGAGGUUAUUGAUGUUAUUAGGGAUAAUAAUCUGGGAAUAUAUAUUGAAAGAAGGGCUUUAUGGGAAGAUUUGAAAAAAUUUAGUCUAACAGUGAAAAAGGAAGCUUGGUGUAUUUUGGGUGAUUUCAAUGUAGCUUUAAAAGAAUCUGAUUAUUCAGAAGGAUGUUCUAAAAUUCUAAAGGGAGUUGAUGAAUUUUCUGAAUGUAUCAAUUUUAUUGAAGUUGAAGAUUUGAAUAGUACUGGAUUUCAAUUCACUUGGAAUAAAUCCCCAGCUGCUCAUGCAGCUUUCAAACCGUACAUAAUCUCUGAUCAUUGUCCCGCUGUUUUAAUCAUUCCGAAUUGUAAAAUGAGAUGGAAAUCUUCUUUAAGAUUUGCCAAUUUUAUUGCGGAUAAAGAUGAAUUUUUGCCUAUGGUUAAGGAUAUUUGGUCUACAAAUAUUGACGGUUUUGUUUAUGUUCAAAGUUACCCAAAAGUUGAAAGUGAUGAAAAAGUAUUGAAUAACAGAAAUCGAAUUUUGAUGGUUCUUGAUGAGGAUGGAAGAUGGAUUAGGGGGAAUGCUAUGAAGGAGAAAUAUGUUAAUCAUUUUAAGAAUUUCUUGGGAUGUGAAGAUGUCACUGAUUUGUCUAUACUUAAUGAUGAUUUUUUUCAUAAUAAGUUGGAUAAAAAAGUGGCAAUAAAUAUGAUAAGGGUGGUUACAGAUGAUGAAGUUAAAGUGGCUAUGUUUGAUAUUGCUGACAACCAUGCCCCUGGACCUGAUGGAUUUUCUUCUAAAUUCUUUAAGAGUGCCUGGAGUAUUGUAGGGCCAGAAAUAUGCAAAGCUGUGAGUGAAUUUUUCUGGACAGGAAAAUUAUUGAAGGGUAUUAAUGCCACUAGGAUUGUUUUGAUUCCUAAAGUGGAAAAUCCGAGGAAAGUCCCUGAAUUUCGACCUAUUGCUUGUUGCAACACUUUUUAUAAGUGUAUCAGCAAGAUAAUAGUUAACAGAAUAAGGAACAGUUUAGGUGAUAUAGUUAGCCAAAAUCAAUCUGCUUUUAUCCAAGGGAGAUCUAUUAUUGAUAAUAUCCUUCUUGCUCAAGAGUUGAUGGUGGGAUACAAAAAUAAGAGAGGAAUGCCUAAAUGUACCUAA